AUGGUGACCUCCAGCAGUAGCGAUUAUUCUUCCAGCUCUUCUGAAGAGGAUUCCAAACAUUCCGCGGUCAAAGCUCGAGCCAAGACGAAUCAUGCUGAAGGAAUGAAGCAUAAUGCACCUGACCGGAGGGUCACUUAUGAUGAGCUCAUGAAGAGAAAAGCUGAGGAUGACGAGUUGGAUGAUCGUCGACGGAGAAGAUCCCGGAUCCAGCAUCGGAUAUCAGCAGCUGAUGAGAGGCUUCAAUCCCGUGCUGAGGGUGUAACUUCAGAGGACGAACCCGUGUGGGUGCCACUGGAGCGUGAAAUCAAGCCAGACCGGCACUUCGUCAACAACCCUGACAGUGAUUCUGAUGAAGAACUCGAAGAGAAUUCAGCGAAAGACGACGAUGAUGAGUCUGAUAAUUCUGACAAAUCUGAUGACUCCGACGAGUCUGAUUGA